UUACACUCCGAAAGCCCCUGAUGAUGGACCAUCGGUUACAAACACAUACACGGAGACAAGACGAGCGCUCCUUUCUGGAGCGAAGCAACUUUGGGUGGAACAACGUUUCGGGGAAUACAAGCUGACCGAAAAAUAUGAUGAUGUUGCCUUGGCAUGGUACAAUAACAAAAUCAACACUAUGGCAGUCAUACGACAGAAAGCCAGGCUCGUUCUAAUGUCUGGCACGGAAGGAUUGAACCGUCUGACCUCAUCGUCGGAGUACACACAACUGAAGUCUAACUUCCUUGCUUGGCUUAGUUCUGGAACUUCUGGAGCAUCUUUGGUCAAAGUUACUGCAAAGUACAAAGACGGGGACGUCUUGCUGAUUACUCGAGAUGAUAACUUUAAUGUGGCCUCUGUUCAGCAAAGCUUAACUGAAGGCAAAAAUUCGGCCAUUAUUGCCUACGCUGGUUCAACCCAGCAAACGGCAGACAGCGCUACUGAAUUGAUGAGUAAGUUGGAGAUCGGUUAUUCCCCCCAUCGAAUCAACUAUUCGGGCCGUAAUCUACUACUUGCCCCCUUCAUAGAGACCACGCAAUUUAUCCCGAAGCCGUAUGUCUUGCAGCUAGCACUCCAGAGCUGGAAGUACUUUAGAACAGUAGAUCUCGUGGGUGAGAUCGAACCGGAGGAAUCAGCGCAGCCAGCAUUUCAGGAGGCAUUAACGAAGCUCAUUGAAAAACAUAAGACAUUUUUUACCGAAACCGCCAUAUGCGACCGAAAUCAGUAUGUCUCGGAUGACGACACAGAAAUGGCAUAUGAGAAUUAUAACCGAUUGUUACUUCUACAAAACGGGUCUAGUAUCGAAGUAGCACCUGGAUAUGCUCGCGCUCCAGGGAGUGUACUCUCCAGUGAGAAACCUACAAGUUACACCGUGAAAUUUAACGUCGACCUUUCUGGAAGCUUUUAUCCAAUGGGAGGCUAUGCGAAACCGGGGGAGGCUUUUCGAUACAAAGUGUUGGAAAAUUCAGCGACGGAUUUGACUGGAUUUCGUAUUCGAAUCAACCCACAAACGGAUGUGAUCAGGAAAAAUGUGAUGAAGCGUUGGUUUGUGGUCACUUCGGUGAAAGAUCUCGAAAAUGAGGGUGAGUUUGCUAGCCCUUUCGGUGGACCAAUUGUGAUCGAAAUCCCAGCAAAAGGAAGCAUAAGCAUCCGCUUUGAAAACGUCUAUCGAUAUGCCUGGUUCGAUUUGCGAGACACCAAGACAAUGAACAGCUGGGAAACGGACCGAAAGAAGUACCGGGGCGUUCCAUUUGUCAUGGUCGUGGGAAAUGAUAUGAUCAGUAUGCUGGACACAUCGAUCUCCACAACGUGGGAUGCCGAGCGUCUCAAAUGGUGCAUCAAUUAUUUCGAUAAUGUAAUCAAGAUAAUGCACAACUAUCGUGGAACAAAUUCCGAGACAGAUCGUAUGCAGGUUUUUGUCACAGAUGUGCAACUUUCCGCAGGAUGGGGUCACUCGGGUUACCCGUGGAUGGGAUAUGUGCCAUGGACCGAAGACUUUGGUAAUAUAGAUGAGAUUAAGAAAGGUCAUAUAAUUGGUAUCCCUCAUGAGAUAGGUCACAACUUACAGGUGCAACAAAUUACCUUUACUAAUGGCACCGAGGUAUCGAAUAACGCGUACAUUCCGGUGGCUCAUUACUACCUGCUUGGGUUACCAGCGUACACCAAGGGAUACACUCCAGGUUGGAGUGAUGAUGAUGAGAAGGAAUUACUGGCGUUGUGGAGAGGGAACAAGUACAUUGGAGUCGGUGUCAGUCAUUACAAUUACUUCGCUCGAUCAUUCAGUCCGGCUUUGGUAGGAAACGUGAUGAAUGAAGCCUAUCAUGCGAAUACAUCACUUGACAAGGAGGAGGACAAGGUAAACUUUUGGAUACAGCAUUUAUGCAGUGAAUCUGGCCACGAUCUAGUCCCGUUUAACCGCAUGUGGCAUUUCCCAAUCUCAGACGAGACGGUCACCUUGUGUGGUAAAUAUCCAUGCUUCUUUCCAGAGGACGAGCUAACUGCGCAGGUACCGGAUUUGGUGAAAAAACAGCUAGACGCAUAUGGCAAGACGUGUAGCAGGACGAAGCCAAACGACGUUGCUUUUAAAAAUGAUAUUAAGCAACGGAUCGACAAGUUGAAAUCACAAAUAAUUUUCAUUGAAGGAUAACAUUGCAAUGGUGAUCAUUAUGUACCCUUAAUUGAAACAAUAAUAGGAUAUUGUACUCGUUAUUCCGUUUUGUUUGGAGUCAUUCCACUAGAUACUCUGGCUUAGUGCCCAGGAU